CGUUGGGGCUCCAGACCUCGCGAUGGCGCUGUUGUUAAUGAGCUGUUUAGUUGUGGAGACGCAGAGAAACAUGAACUGUGGCGUUUUCUGAAUAAUUCGUACAAGAGCCGCGCGCUCAGCGAACCAAGUUAAGCUUAAGUGUUUCACUGAAAAACGGCUUUAUUAUGUCUGUCAAACGCAAUCUCCCGUCUUGGAUGACUGACUGUGGCUCUGGAAGGCGCAGAAAAGAACAGCCGCUCAGCAGCUGCGCCAGAAAGAGACCCGAAACAAGCGCAAAGAACAGUCCGAGAAAAAAGAGGCCCGACAGGGUCAUGAUGUACUGGAUGAAUGAGCGCGAGCUCAUGGAAACGGCGCUCGGCGUUUUAAAGAAGAAUGACGCAAAGGUAAAGACAGAUGCAGCUUGUCCAGUGGUGGCCGCAGAAGUCUGUGUCAUUCCAGAGACGGAUUCGGAAGAGGAGCCAGACUUGGAUGCCCAGGAGAGGAACUGUGAUUCAGACGUGGACGUAGCUGAGCAGGAGACAGUACCGUACAUCGCAUGUAUAGAGAAGGACAGAUUUAGCAGAAGGUCAGACAGGGCUGGUGACCACCGUCCCACUCAUUCAUAUGCUCAACCUGAGCUUGAGGACAACUCUCAGAGGACUAAGUCUGACCCUGAAGCCCUGCAGCUUGUUCAAGAGAUCUUCUUCAGCUGAGGUAUGACAGGGCAGCGGUCAAACUGAAGUCCUGAAAGGUCACUGCAGUGCUGUGCUGAGUGAGUUCUCUGCACUCCAACACUACACUAAGAAGAUUUGUGAAUAUGGGCCCUCGUCUGAUAAACCAAGGAGAAGAAAGCACUGCAGGGUUUGGAGCCCUCCUGUAAUGUUAGUGUCUCCUGUUUAAAGGCGGCUGCAGAAGUAGUUUACAUACAUUUAUAUAUUAAAAAAAAAAAAGCAUGUCUUUUUCAAAUGUCCUGUUUGUUCUUGCCUGUAGGUGGUCAUGCACCACAGUGCCAAAGCAGAGUCCUUAUGCUCAUCAUUAAACUGUUUCUGCCGCUUUCACUGAACAGCAUUUAUGGCUGUUACUUCCAUUCAGAGAGAACAACUGCAAACAACACUAGCACCCAACCAAACUUUUGUGGCUAAUACCAAUUUUAAGCAGCUAAGAAUGAUAAAAAUAAAUAAAACUAAUAAUAAUAAGGGACUUAGUUUGGAAUGAGUUUUCAUUCACAUAAAACUAGUUUUGUUGCAGAUACAUGUAUAAAAUGGCUGAUAUGAUGCUAAUAUAAUCUGUAAGUUGUAAAGAACUGGUAGGGAACUGUAAAAUUAAGAACUUUUUGAUGAGCAGAGCUGUAGGUGGUUCCACAAUAACUUAAAAGCCUGUAUAGCCCUGAAAAUUAACUCAUGAAAAUUAAUAUCUAGAAUUCUUCAUAUUAGAAAUGGAUCUAUAUUGGAUAUUCAGUAUCAGCCGACGUUAUCCAACAACUAACAUCGACUGGAUUUCAGUCUAUUAACAGAACUAGUAGGAAACUAGCAGAAAUAUUAGACAAGAGGCCUUACUGAUGAAAUAGCUAUUCAUAGUUAUUUGGUCACAGAAAUGACUAUGAACUGAUUAUUUGCAGUCUACUACUUAAUAAUAUGUGCAGUUUUAUACCUCAAUUUCUUGUUCUCCAAUACUUUACAUUGUCAAUAAACUAUCGGUUUGUUUUGGUGCUUAGUUCAAAACGUUUGUCUACACUAUAUAAGUUAUCAGAUAAUCUGUCAUUUCCAAGUUUUGUAAUUUUUAUAUUAAGAUUGUAGUAUUAUACGCCUCCACUUUGUUAAUUAUUUUUGUUUACACUGAUAUGUAAUAUUAAUCAACAGGAUUGUCAACUGAAUUUUUACAUGACUCAGUUCUCAGUGGUCACUUUUCAGAUAAACUGCAGAAGCUCAGUCUUAUGAAUUACAGCACUAGGGGAUGAAUUAUCCAGAGCCACUGCAGUUUUAUUACAUGCAUUAAAGUUUAGGUUGGGAAUAUUUUACAUGUUAUUAUUUUAACCAUGACUGUUUUAUAUUCACCUUUACCAGUUUAGCCUGUACUGCUGUUAUAUAGUGGUAGAUUUUGCCCCAUCAUCAGGAGAUUGCGACUUCAAAUUGUAGUGAUGCCAUGACCAAAAAGCUGUUAAUUAUUGGUGAUGUUUUUGCUGAUACCAAUAAAACCGCAGAUCACUAUCAGCUUCUAUCCACCAACCAAUACAUCAGUUGGGCUUCAGUUAAGAGUAGCAGCCCUACUGAAACUUGAGUAGACAGACAGAAAAAUAAUAGCACGACUUGCAGCUCAUAAAACGUAUGUGGACAAACCAUGUUAAAUAAAGCAAGCACCUUUGGUUUAAGUAGCCUGUUUAAUAAAGCUACAUAUAUGAA